AACAAAAACCAAAACCUAAAACCCUAGGACCUAGAACCUUCGAUCGCUCUCCCGAGCCUCAAGCACAAACUCUCAACAACGUUAUAACCCGAAAUCUGAGCCGUCUCCUUUCACCGAAACCCUAAUUUCGAAGCCAUGGCAAAGCGCUUGCUCCCAACACUCAACCGUGUUCUCGUCGAGAAAAUCGUCCCUCCCUCCAAAACCAACGCCGGCAUUCUCCUCCCAGAGAAAUCAAACAAGCUUAACUCUGGGACGGUGAUUGCGGUGGGUCCCGGCGUACGUGACAAGGACGGGAAAACGAUUCCGGUGUGUUUUAAGGAGGGCGACACCGUACUUUUGCCUGAUUACGGCGGUACCCAGGUCAAAUUCGACGACAAAGAGUAUCAUUUGUAUAGGGAUGAGGAUAUUUUGGGUACUCUACAUGAUUGAAGAGUUGAGAUAAUUGCACAUUUAUUUGUAAGGCUCGAAUGUAACUCACAGUUCCAAAUGGGAGAUUUUGGUUUUGAGUUUGAUGUCAUUCACUUUGGUUAAUGCUAAUGAAAAUGCAAACUUUUGCCUA